AUGCAUCCAGUACGUGGCACAGUUCAACCGUAUGCAUGGGGUAUGAUAGGUUGCUCGUCAAUUGUUGCUCAACUUGCUUCAAAAUCUUCUUCAAUUGUAUCUACUCAACCGUAUGCUGAAUAUUGGAUGGGAACACAUCCAAAGAGUGAAUCAUAUUUAAUUGAUAAUAAUCAAAUUAGUUUAAAAUCAUAUUUAAAUGUUGAUUUACCAUUUUUAUUUAAAAUAUUAAGUGUUGAGACAGCAUUAAGUAUCCAAACACAUCCCAAUAGAGACCAAGCAAAAAUCUUACAUAAACAAAAUCCAAAACAAUAUCCUGAUGAUAAUCAUAAACCUGAAAUGGCUAUUGCAUUAACUAAAUUUGAAUGUUUAUGUGCAUUUCGUCCUUAUAAAGAAAUAAAUGAAUUUAUACAAAAAUAUGAACAGUUACAAAUAUUAUGCAAUAAAAAUCUAUCAGAUCAAUUUUCAAAUGCUAUAAAUUUAAAUGUUGACCUUUCUAUUCAACAAUCAUUACUUAAACAACUCUAUUCGAAUUUGAUGCAAUCAUCACCUGUAGUCAUAUCACAAUGUGUUGCUGUUCAUCUACAAUUGAUUUCAUCAACAACAGAUUCUAACGUUGAACUUUCCCGCUUAUUUGAACGUCUCAAUAGCCAAUAUCCCGGCGGUGAUGUUGGUUUAUUUUCAAUAUACUUUUUUAAUUAUAUUACAUUAAAUCCUGGUGAAGCUAUUCUUCUUAAAGCUAAUAUACCACAUGCUUAUUUACAUGGACAAUGUAUUGAAUGUAUGGCAUGUUCGGAUAAUGUUGUACGAGCUGGUUUAACACCAAAAUUUAAAGAUAUUGCAACAUUAAUUGACAUGCUUGAUUAUCAACCAUUAACUAUUGAUCAAACGAAAUUUUCAGGAGAGAAAAUUUCAGAAAAUAUAAUUCAAUAUGACCCAAGAGAAAUAUCAAAUAUUGAUGAUUUUAUUGUGCAAGAAAUCAAAGGAAACAAUGGCGUCAUUAAUGCAAUUGAUAAACCAAGUUUAAUGGUUAUUAUUCAAGGACAAGGGACAAUGAAUGAAGGAAAAGUUCCGUUUGACGAAGCCAGUGUAUUCUUAAUAGAAAAGCAGACAUCGAUUGAUUUUAAAGCAAAUAAUAAUAUUUUAGCUUAUCGCGCUUAUUCACUUAUCUAA